AUGGGCGGCAAAGUCUGGUCCCCUGAAGAGGAGCGCGUCUACUGGCGUGUCAUCAUUCCUCAAUCGCAGAAGCGCGCUGGUCGCAGCCAUCUGCAGACAAAGAGCUGGGAGGACCUGGCCAUUGUUAUGCAGUCACAUAUGAGUGCUGAUGCUAAGCGCAACUACACUGGCCUCGGACUCUUCGAGCACUACUUUGCCAACAUUGAAAAGCGCCGCCUCUCACCUAACGCCACUAAGUAUGUGCGUGAGUACAAAGAGGCCCUUGAGCGAGCCGCUCAAGAAGAGGAGGAGGAGACAGAGGUUGAGGACAAUGGCUUUGACGAGGAUGCCACCAUCUCCGACCAUAGCCAGAAUGACCCCUCUCACACGGGCGAGACGACCGAGGAAGAGGUGAUGUCAGAUUCCGACAUCUAUGAGGACAAGGAGAACAGACCUUUUUCUUCUGCUCGUGAGCCUCUUGCUCCUCUUCCUCUCCCCACCUCUACUUACGGCCCUUCGCGUCCUGCUAUCGACCCAGUUGCCAACCUCAGAUUUUCUGGUACAACGCGUCUUCCUAUUGACCCAGUUGCCAACCUCAGAAUCUCUGGAACAACGCGUCUCCCUAUCGAUCCUGUUGCCAACCUCAGAAUCUCUGUCAACCUUCCCCGUCUCGGAUCCAAUCGACAAUUUCAAACCAGUUCUGUGCGCGACACUCUCCGCAACGAACUCACGAGAGAUCCUCCCGAUUACGGCUUCCGACCCCAACCUCACGAGAGUCAUCACCAGCACUUCCCAGCCAUGUCUCACGAGCACGACGCAAGCAACUCGAUGCCCCAGGAGGAGGUUCCUGCCCAUCUUCGAGGCAGGCCUGAGGACUACGAGGAUGGCGGUCGCUACUUCUGCCUGCCCACUCCGGACUACCGCUACAUCACCCCAGAGGACUAUGCUGCUCAAUAUGGGCCUCCUCCUUACACGAACAACGCCAACUUCAGCCUUUCGCGAGAGACGCGCCCUUCUAACAUGGCCAACUUGUCUUUUGAGACUCACACCGUCUCCAUCCCUGAGGGCGCCGGCCCUCCUUCUGGCACGAACAACGCCAACUUCAGCCUUUCGCGAGAGACGCGCCCUUCUAACAUGGCCAACUUGUCUUUUCAGACUCACACCGUCCCCAGCCCUGAGGUCGCCUUCGCUCCCCAAAGCGACAGCCCCAUACGCCAAUCCAACCAGACGGUCACCUCGGGAAUUUCACAGUCGCCUCCUCGCAAUGAGAGAAACAUCAAAUCCCAUGGCAAGAAGGGCUCUCAGCAAGGUCUUCAACCCAGUCUCAAGCGCAGCUACGAGGACUUUAGCGAUGAUGGAAGCGCCCCGACGCAUCAAUACACUGCGCCUGCCGCUCGCAUGUCGCCUGCCCCAGCCUAUGCUGCUCCCGUCGCGGAGAUGAACCCCAACCCUGCCGACUCCUAUCCUCCCCCGUCGCACCCGUAUUGUGCUCAGGGUGGAGCUCCGCACCCGGCCUUGCGCUCUUUGAGCUCGUCUGGCGUCUUCGCACACACCACCUACAAUCCUGCCAACGAUAAGGAAAAGAAACCCGAGGGACAGAGACCCACGGGCCCCUACGAGGGACCGAUUCCGGACUGUAUCAUGCGUCCCGAGCCCGCCCACGUCCAGAACCAGAGAGUUCGGGACCAUCCUCACUUCGGACUUUUCCCUGAGGAACUUCAAGAGACGGAGGAGCAGUGGCUUAAGAAACUGGACAAGGAGUUCCAGUACUACGAGAUGCCGCCCCCGCCGCCUCCCGCCGAGCGCAACUUCUCCCAGCGACCUCCUUCCGGACGCAAGGACUAG